AUGAUUAUUUUCAAGGAUCUGAUCACCUCGGACGAGCUCCUCUCCGACUCCUACGACCUCAAGGAAAUCGACGGCGUCGUUUACGAGGCCGACUGCAAGAAGAUCUCCGUCGGUGUUGGCGACAUCGACAUCGGCGCGAAUGCGUCUGCUGAGGGCGGCGACGAUGAAGGUGCCGAGGACGCCGCAGAGCAGGUCAUUGACAUUGUCCACUCUUUCCGUCUCAACGAGACCAGCUUCGACAAGAAGAGCUACCUCAGCCAUCUCAAGGGCUACAUGAAGAAGGUCAAGGAGGGACUGAAGGCAAAUGGCGCAAGCGACGAGACAGUCACCGAGUUCGAAAAGGGUGCUUCCUCAUACGCCAAGAAGAUUAUCGCCAACUUCAAGGACUACGAGUUCCUGAUCGGCGAGUCCAUGGACCCAGAUGGAAUGGUUGUUCUUCUCAACUACCGCGAGGACGGUAUUACCCCAUACGUCACAGUCUGGAAGCACGGCCUCACCGAGAUGAAGGUGUAA